AUGUUGUUACUCACAGCCCAACUCUUGCUGAUCUUCCUCUCCGUCUCGGCUGAGGUCACGAACGACGCUACUGAUGUUGCGGACAGAUCAUACGACUACAUCAUCGUCGGCGGCGGCACCGCCGGCCUCGCGCUCGCGGGGCGCCUCACCGAAGACGCGGAUGUCAGUGUACUAGUGAUCGAAGCCGGCCCGGACAACCGUACGAGCCCGCUCGAGAGCGUCGUGGACUAUCCGGUCGGACUGGGUACACCGCUCGAUUGGCUGUAUCAGACUGUUGACGGGAAGAGGAUCCGAGGGGGAAAGACGCUUGGAGGGAGCUCGGCGAUCAAUGGCGGUGUGUGGACGCGCGGGCAGAAGGCGCAGUACGAUGCGUUUGCGGCGCUGCUUGAACCUGAGGACGCGGGCAAAGGAUGGGACUGGGACGGGUUGUCCCAUUACAUGAAGAAGGCAGAGCACUUCUCGCCGCCGAAUGCUGUGCAGCGCGCGCUGGGAGCCGACUCUGUGAAGCGCUUUCAUGGGUUCGAGGGGCCUGUGCAUGCGGCGUUCCCUACGCAUAUGUUCACCGGGCCCGUGAAUCCGUAUUUUGUGGAUGCAGUGCGCAACCUGACGGAUAUCAGGCUUAUACCGGACGUUCACAGCGGGUAUCCGAAUGGUGUUGUGUACGUUCCCAUUAGCUUGAACAAGUUCGACAACGAUAGCAGGAGCUCGUCUGCUGCUUCAUAUCUCACGCCCGUCGAAGACACCCGCCCGAACUGGCACACACUCGUCGAGCACACCGCCACUCGGAUACUCUUCUCCAACUCCUCUUCACUCCGGGCAGUAGGCGUCCAAUUCGCCGCCACCCCGCCCGUCAACACCACGCCAGCACUCUCGGCUACCACGAUCUUCACGGCCCACGCCAAGCGCGAAGUGAUUCUUGCGGCCGGUGCACUCCGCUCGCCGGCGCUGCUUCAGUUGAGCGGCAUCGGCGACGCGGAGCUUCUGCGCGGUCUGGGCAUUGAUGUGCUACUUGACCUAAAGGGCGUGGGAAGAAAUCUGCAAGAGCAGACGAAUACGGGCUUGUCUGCAUUUGGGAACGCGGAGCUGGCGGAGGAGUUUGGUGGCGGUGGACCAGACGCUGUCGUCGCGUUUCCGAGUAUAUACGAUCUCUUUGGGAAGAACGCGACAGAACGGGUUGAUGAAAUUGAGAAGAACAUGGACGAUUGGGCGGAGAGUCAAGCGCAUAACACCGGCGCAGACGCCGAUGCGUUGAAGGAUGUAUUCACGCUGGUGACGAAGGCGAUUGUUGAGGAUCAUGCACCUAUAGCGGAGAUACACUAUGACCUUUCCCACGCGCCCACGACGCUGAAGCUCUCAACGUGGAACCUCCUGCCGUUCUCUCGCGGAAAUGUCUCCAUAAACUCUACGAAUCCCUUCCUCCCACCAUCAAUCUCAGUGAACUGGUUCAGCGAUCCCUUCGACAUGACCGUCGAAGUCGCCAGUGCACGCCUUGUGCGCAGUAUUUUCGAGACACCGCCCAUGAGCGAUAUAACGAACGGAACGAUCUCUGUACCCACUCUUGAUAUGGUACCACAGAACGCGAGCGAUGUGGAUUGGGAAGGGUGGAUCCUGGAAGCGUUCCAGGGUAACGCCCAUCCUAUCGGUACGGCCGCGAUGAUGCGUCGCUCACUCGGCGGUGUCGUGGACGCUGAGUUGCGAGUGCGGCGCAUAACGGACCGGGCGAUUAUUGAAUCUAAACAGCGAUCAGCUCUGACGCACAAUAUAGGUCUGGCCAUUCGGCCGCGGUGUAAGGUAUCCGCGAAUAUCCCCGUGCGCGUGUAG